GUUAUAUGUGUUUCAAUCGGUGAUUAAGCCAUUGUUAGGGUCUAUAAGUGCAUCAGUGGUCUCAAUGUACGCGCAAACAUUCAACCGGACGGUCGCCGAUCUCGACAAUCGGGUUAUACUGAAUGUGGGGGGCAUUAGGUUUGAGACAUAUAAGAAUACUUUGCGCAAAAUUCCGGCCACUCGACUGUCCCGACUUACCGAAGCACUGGCCAACUACGACCCGGUGCUCAACGAAUACUUUUUUGACAGACAUCCCGGAGUUUUUGCACAAAUACUAAACUAUUAUCGCACCGGUAAACUACAUUACCCGACCAACGUAUGCGGACCACUAUUUGAAGAGGAACUUGAGUUUUGGGGACUCGACGCCAAUCAAGUCGAGCCGUGCUGUUGGAUGACAUACACGUGCCAUAGGGACACACAGCAGACACUGGCCAUACUGGAGACGUUGGACAUUGAUUCAGACAAAUUAACGGGAGAAGAGUUGGCCCGAAAGUUUGGUCACGAAGAGGACUAUCUGUCCGGAAGGAUGUCUUGUUGGCAGAAACUUAAGCCUAAAAUAUGGCUCUUAUUUGAUGAGCCGUACUCUUCCAAUGCGGCAAAGGUAUGA